CGCACGUGUGAGUGAUACAUCGCGAUGCAGUUUCGCGACAAAAUUUUCGACUGAAUUUUGUUAGUUAAGAUUUUAUCUGCUACCCAAGACAAUUUGGGUAAUCAUUGCUACCACAGGCCUUGAUCGUUGAUCUUUACUUUAAUUAACUUAGAAUAAUGAAAUGAACAACGAAAAUUGAUGUUACGGCUUGAGCAAUUUUUAUAAUUUCACCUUGCGGUCGAUCAUUCAAGGUUAUGGCGACUUCGGAGCUUGGCGGGAGAAUGAUGGAUUUAACGCAUUUUUUAUCAUCUUAUUUAGAUGUCGAUGUAAAUUUAAUUUUUGUUUACAUCCCAUUAUUGUCAGCAUUAUCUCUUAUAAUAACCGCUAGCCUAACUGCUUUUUAUAAGCUCCGGAGUCGUUUGCCAUUAAAAGUGAACUGUUGGUUUUGCAAUAAUUAUUCAAAAAUUCCAAGAGAAUCUUUAAAAUGGUGGCUUUGUUCUAAUUGUGAACAGUACAAUGGAUUCUCUUCUGAUGGUGAUUAUAAUUAUGAUAUAUCAGAACAAUAUGCCUUGAAUGGUGAUGUCACAACCAAAAGCAAAAAUUAUUGUCAAAGAAGUAAAUCUUACACAAAUCACAACAGGCUUUGCAACAAAUGCAAUUAUAAAGAAGAACUUAAGUUGAUGAAAUUGAGAGAGUUUGAAGACUCAAUGGUUGUUUACAGUGAUAAAAAGUUGGCGAAAUUCAGAGAAAAAUUUGAACGAGAUUAUCCAUUGUGCUUGAGCUGUCAGAAUAUAGUACAAAAAGUUAUUUAUAAACAAAAACAAUGGCUCACUCAAUACAAAAUGCUUCUUUUUAAAAAAAAGCAAUUUUCAACGAUAUUUAAGAAUCACAUAGUUUUAGAGAGAUUUUUAAGAAUGGUUUUAGUAAUUCUUGCUUCAGUAUCGCUUUAUUUUACUGAAUCAUGGUAUUUUCCACUAUGUGGAUUUGGUGUUCAAUUUGCUGCGUGUUUAGCUUCUACUGUCAACAGCAAACAAUUAGAUAUCUUUCCUGUCCUAGGUUGGUUUUGCUUGAUUUUUGCACAAGUAACUCCAAAAAACACUGUAAUUAAGUUAUUUAACAUUGAUAUUGACUAUUUAUAUACUGAUGUAGCUAAUGAAAAAUAUCAACACUUUAUAGUUAUUCUCUGUAUAUUAUUAGGAUUAAUUAAUUUCAGACUUUAUUUCUUUAAAAAAAUGACAAAUAAUGUAGCAUUCAAAAAGUUGGAGUCUUGUAAUAAAAGUUGUUCAGAAUUAUAUCCAGAUACAUGGAAUAAUUUCUCAAAUCUUGAUGAGAGUAAUACCAUAUCUGAUAUUCCAUGUAAUGAUAGUUUGUCUAUUAACGAUAAAUUAUCGGAAAAAGUCAAAAAGCCAUGGUUGGUUCAAAAUUCUCAGCAAAUAACUCCAUCGUCUCAUAAUAUAAAUAAUGAAUUGGAACUUGAUACCUCUCCUGCUACGAGUAUAAAAAAUCAUGCACCAUCCUUGAAUGAUAGUCUUACGAGUCUUCAUUCUUUAAAUUUAGGUCACCACAGAAAAAUUUCUCCAAAUAAUUCUCCAAAGAUCUUUGAAAAAAAGAUUUAUGGUUCUAAUUUUUCUGCUAAUGCAAACCGUAAUAAUCAUCAGAAUCGACGACCAAUCCUUGCUCCUCCAAAACUACGUGGCGCUAUUACUCAAACUUCCUGGGUUGCAGGAGGCUUUUGGCAAUCAGGACCCUAUAAUUCUCAAACAUCUCUAUCUCGUUCUUCGAGUCAGAGUUCAGGAAUUGCUUCAUUAAGCUCUGCUAAUUGCACAUUUACUCGCGAACCUAUAGUUAGAGAAUAUGAUCAAUAUUCUGAUAUAUCAGAUCAAUUGUACACUUGGCAAAAUAGAAGUGAAUGCUCAAAGCUAAAUUCUUAUAAUCCAGUUAAAUGUUAUUCACCCCCACCUAUUAGUGAGUACAGCUCAUGCAUGAGCUGUUUUUCACAAAAUAAAUGUGGAGGACACUCAACAACAAUUGUAUCUAGUCCUACAUGGCUAACAGCAUUACUGUGUGGGUCUCUCAUUUUUAACAUGGUUGUUCUUUGUAUUCUUUUGAUAACUUCAUUAAGAUUCUAAGAGACUUAAAUGAGAUUGACUAUUAU